UUUAUUUGUGUUUAUAGCGUGUUAAAAAACGUGUGAAAAAGUUGCUCGGGUGGGUAGACACGUGACCGCGCUGCUGGGUGACUCGUAGACACGUGACCGCGCUGCUGGGUGACUCACAUGACUGGAACAUUCCCGGUGUUGAUAUUGAGUGCAGUAGAGAGAGAGAGAAAGCGAGCAAGCCGAAGGAUUUAGCAGCAAACGAAGAGAAAGAAACUCUUUUGGACAACUGAACCUGCCUGUUUGUUUGUUUUUCCCCGAGCAGCGCGUGACUCCGGGUGUGUUUACUGCUGUCUUUACUAAAAACCUGCCUGUUUUCCGAGAGCGAAUUAUUUAAUAAACAUGGCUCAUAAACUACUAUCCGGCUUCACCAUCGGCUCCUUAUUUGUUUUAGGCUGUCUGACAGCAGUGCAUGCUGUAAUAUUUGAAGUAAAGAAUGGAAAUUCAACUUGUAUUAAAGCAGACAUCUCAGCUAACUUUACCAUAACGUACCCUAUCAUCAAUGGCACGAGAUCUGUGGUUGUGCCGCUUCCAGCAACAGCAGUAGUGGGAAAUAGCAGUACCUGCGGUGAAGCAGGAGUUUCCCCGGACCUGCUGGCGUCCUUCGGUGACGGUCACUCUCUGGGCCUGGUGUUCGCCAGCAACAACCUCAUAUAUCGUGUGGCCAACCUUACACUGAGCUACAACCUGAGUGACACCACCACCUUUCCUAAUUCCUCCAGCAAGGAGAUUGUGGUGUUGAGCACAAACAGCUCUCAGAUCUCUGCAAAGCUCAACACCACCUACAGGUGUUUGAGCUCCAGCUCAGUCAGACUGGGAAGCUCUGGAGCGACAGUCACGUUCUUCAACAUCCACAUGCAGGCCUACAUGCCCAGCUCCAACCUGAGCACUGACGAGACCGUUUGUUCAGCUGAUAUUCCUACCACCACUGUUGUACCUACUACCACCCCUGUCACCCCGACCACCCCUGUCGUCCCGACCAACCCAGAGCGUGGCAACUACAGUGUUGUAAACUCCAACGGCACGACCUGUCUUCUUGCCAGAAUGGGGCUGCAGCUGAAUGUAACCUAUUUCUCCAAAUCUCAGAAUAAAACGAUCGUGAAAAUAAGUAACUUGGACCCCAAGAGUACGUCUUUCUCAGGGAUGUGUGAAUCCACGACCGCUACUCUGCUGCUGACUGGAAAUCACACCAACCUCACCUUCACUUUCUCACUGAACUCCACCACCAAAAUAUAUCAGCUCAGCGCUUUGAACUUGUCAGCCAGCUGGGAAGAUAUGGCAGCUCCAUUCAUUGUCAGCAACAGCAGUCUUCAGUACCUGCAGGGAACUCUUGGCCGCUCCUACAUGUGCAGCGUUGAGGAGGUUCUUCCUGUGGUCAGCACUUUCACCCUCAACACCUUUGACCUGCAGGUUCAGCCUUUCGGCAUCCACGACAACCAGUUUGGACCAGCCGACGUGUGUCGAAUGCAGAAGGACAACAUGCUGGUGCCCAUCAUUGUCGGUGCUUCCCUGGCUGGCCUCGUCCUCAUAGUCCUCGUUGCCUAUCUGAUCGGCAGGAAGAGGAGUCAUGCGGGCUACCAGACCAUCUAAAGCACUACUAUCUGACUAGGGCUAUACUGUGUGUGUGAGCUCGAGUAAUGUUUGUUUCCAGGGUUGUUAAACCUUUACCUUCAUUCAUUCACUCCACUUCCUUUUAAAUAUAUAAGAAAAAAAAAGGCCACUUGAAUAUUACUGCGUCUCUAUUUCACCGGCCAAAUCACUGGCAGGCCCACUGACUGACUGGCAGGCCCACUGACUGACUAGCAGGCCCACUGACUGCCUGACACGCCCACUGACUGCCUGACACGCCCACUGACUGCCUGACACGCCCACUGACUGACUGGCAGGCCCACUGACUGACUGGCAGGCCCACUGACUGACUGGCAGGCCCACUGACUGACUGGCAGGCCCACUGACUGACUGGCAGGCCCACUGACUGACUGGCAGGCCCACUGACUGACUGGCAGACCCCCUGACUGACUGACAGACCCCCUGACUGACUGACUAAAAGUCCCACUGAUUUGACUCUAGAUAUGCAGUAGUGACACCUGUACAGUAGGUGGCACUCUAAACCCAAAACUCGGGCCAGUAAUUCCACAUUAAAGUGUCGUCCCUCUGGUUACACCCCAGACCCUACACCCUAAUUGUCCCCCAUACCUAUAACCCCUAGUCCCCUUUCAAUACUCCCCCUUUUGGGAUUAGUUAAAGCCAUACCUAACACUUCCAUGACUACUUCCUCUUACAUUUUCCUUCUCUGAGUAAGAAAAACCAAAGAAAACACCGGGAAAAGUCUCUUCAUCCCCAAGUUCAGCACAUGACGUCAUGUUAACACUCGGUAACUCAGAGCGUCAACAUACCAUAAUCCAUCUACACAGACAUGUUAGUUGGGUAAAUCUCUAGCACUGACCUUACAGUGUACUGUUUUGAGAAUGAAAAGACAUCAUGAUUGUUAGCUGGCUAGCGUUUAUGGCUGCAUCUGUGUUUUGUUUUGUCUUUUUCCUUGAACGUGUCAACUUCUGUCUACUUCUGAACCGAGUGCAGCGUAAUACUCCAUCACUCAGAUGCAGAACACUGGUUGGACAGUUGAGACAGCAGUCUCUGGAUGGUAGCAGUGAUGUUUGCCUAGAGCUUUCACUGAUUUGCUAUGGUGAUAAAGUGGCUAGGUUUCACGAUUGAGAGCUUUCAGAUGUAGCUGAGCUUUAGCAGCGUACGAGCUGGGGGUAAAAAACAAAAAACAACAAUUCAGCACAACGUGGCUCCAUCUGAAGCUGGGAGAUAACUAGGUGGAAGUUAGAGGCAUACGAAGGAUUCAGGGUUAAACGGUGACAAUAUUUAUCUUGUAUGUUUACCAACUGGACAGUAACCUCCACUUUUGCUUUUAGCUAGCUCGCAUGUUCUCGACAGUGAAGCUACAUACAUUCAUACAGACACACGCUGUUUAAAGAAACUGGGAAAAAAAAACAACUUAUGCCGAGCAUGAACGCAUGAAGGACUUUGGAUAACAAUUUGGCUCAUUAGCUCAUACCUUUCAUGCAUACCUCGGGAAGGUUGAACUCGAUUUGAAACAAAGCUGUUGGGAAUUUUAACAUUUUCCUCUGUUGUUUUGGCAAAACAGUAAGAACAUUUUUAAUAUAAAAUGACAGUAGUGUAACACACAGCAUCAACCACCAGCUAACCCGGAGCAGUGAAUAAUGGAAGAGUGGGCUGAUGUGUGAAUACAGUGAAUUCACCCCAUUUAUAAUAAUAAUAAUAAUAAUAAUAAUAAUAAUAAUAGUAAUAAUAAUAAUAAAAUUCCAGCCUCCUGUUAAAGAUUUGCAAAGGUCACAGGAACAUCUCGGAGUCUUUAUUAGUGAAGGAGGUCUAGCAAAAUAUUUGGGUUAUUAAAUUGAUUAUUUUAUUGAUCACUAUCAUGAAUUAACUCUUUGUGGUCAUGUUUUUGUCAUAAUUACUAUCGUUGGUUAAGGCCCAAGUGUCACCACUCUGGAAGAUCCAGAGAAAUGCAGAUUAUGGUUUCAUGGCACAGAUGUAAAGAGAUUAAUUUAUGGGGAUGAGACCUGACAAUGAGCUCUGACGCACCAGAGAAAACCGGGAGAAGGAACUGUAAGAGAUUUUGAGAGAACAGAAAGAGAAGAGAGACUCUGAUACCAGGUUUGAAGGAUAAUGGUGUCAGGUGAUGAAAGCCUUAGAAGCUCAGGUUAAAUAAUUGAUGCACUUGCCUCCUCUUUUCUCCCAGUUAGCGAUCUUGAAUUCGGGCUUGGAUUCGAUUCUCGCCAUCUUUCUUUUGUUGCUUUUUUCCACAAAGAAAUAGAAAAAAAAAACGUUUCCGGGUCGGUGUAAGAAAUUUACGCUAACUCGAACUUGAUUAGAAAACAUUUUUGUAAGCAAAGUGCGUAGUGACAGCGAUUUGAAGCUUUCAGCCAUCGGUCUGUUUUGGUAAAUAUUAACACACCUUCUCUGAUCCAGCAUCCAGAAGCCGUUACACAGACCAAAGAGAGCUGGAUGUGUAUUUAAUCCUUCAGAUGAUCGAGUUAGUUUGAACGGUGAAGGGUUUAUUUUUCCAUUUAAAUAUUUUUUCCUUUUUUUUGAUAUGCUUUUUUUUUUUUUUUUUCUUCUUUUCUUAAAUUAAUUCCUUUUAACUUUCUGGGAUUCCAUUAAAGAAAAAAAAAGGGAAAACCGUGAUCUUCUGUACAGACCUGUUAUCUUGACGUUCUCACCCGCCGAUGCUCCUCAAGGCUAAUGACCUAAAAUGUAGGUCUUUCACAAAGCAAACUGAAUUAUAACUCAAAAGCUUCAAGUUUAAUGUCUUAGUUUAUUUUUUUCCUCAAGUUACAGUAAACGAAAGCCGUGCAGCUCCCGGAGCAGAACCCAAACCCGAGACACUUUGUAAAGGGGAGAAGUUUGAUAAUGCGGGUUGUAGCAGCUGUACAGAACACUGAGGGAUCUGAAAUUAUCUCCAGGGAUAUAAUCGUCCUUUCGAGCACAUAAUGAAACCUUUCUCGGUGAACAGGACAAAAGUAUCGAGAUUUCAUUGCAUGUGUUUGCAGUUUCCGAUUCAAAUUUUUCCUUCGUCGUAUGCUGUACAGCCGCAUUUACUCUUCUUUUUUUUCCAAAUAUGUCGCUUUGUCUAAUCUCUUCUGAUUGAAGGUUUGCUCAUAUAUAUUUGCAGUGAUCUGAUCUUUUAUUUUUGUAGAGAACAUUUUUAAUGCGUGGUGAAGCCAAUAAAAGAAGUGAAUACUUUA